CACCGUGUCGGGAUAAAAGAUGACAUUCACCAAACAACAAAUCUCUUCUUCAUAUCCCUUGCGUAAGAUGUUUGGGAGAACCGGUCCAGGACAUUGGCUCAUCCACAGGAAGUCUGCUUAUCAAAAAGGCCAUUCAGCCAUAACGAGCAGCGCCGCCAAGUCCGUGUCCAUCCAGUAUCAAGGGAAUAUUGUGUGGAAUCUACUUGAAAGCAGCGCAUGGACUGCAGUUCUUGGAACGUUCCCAUGGUAACGACAUUCUUCAACAAUGAACAGCCAUGAAUCGACUCUCUUAAGGGUGGGAGAGAAAGGAAGAAACAAGUCAAUCUGCAACACAUGCAGUGGACACGCACCAAACCCUCCACUCAAGCCAUGAGACCAAAAAUGACACUUUUUCAAUUUUGGGGACGUGAAAAGGAGCAGCUGAAGCUUGUACCUUCACAGCCGACCAAGUCCCCAAGCAGCAGUGGUCAUGCAGGAAUGCAGAACGCCAGGACCGGACCACUGCUGCCCCCUCGUGGUACGGAUGUCUUCCGACACUUUACGGCAGUGUCGCUGGAGGAAAUCCAGCAACGGCUUGGAGCGAAGGAAAAGAAAGGGAGAGGAGAAGAUGACAAGAUGGAGGUGACACAAGAGCAAGGGAACUCAGCAGGUGACUUGGAGAGCGGGAAGCCCCUCCCACCCAUCUAUGGAGACCCACCCCCUGAGUUUGUCAACACCCCGAUAGAGGAUCUGGAUCCCUUCUACCGAUCCCAGAAGACCUUCCUCGUGCUCGGCAGAGGAAGGACCAUCUACAGGUUCAAUGCUGACCCCGCUUGCUGCCUGCUCGGUCCUUUCAACCCCCUGAGGACAUCUGCCAUCAAGAUCCUCCUUCACUCAUUCUUUGGUGUCUUCAUCCUGCUGACCGUCUUGAGCAACUGUGCGUUGAUGACAAUGAGGAGGCCUCCAGCAUGGAGCAAGCCUGUCCUGUUCGGCAUUGUUGCCAUCUACGCUUUGGAAGUGCUCCUCAAAGUUGUGGCUCGAGGUUUGUGUGUGGGCCGCUUCACCUUCCUGAGAAAUCCAUGGAACUGGUUGGACGUGAUGGUCAUCAUCACCACAUACCUGACAGCCAUGGUGGAUUCAGCAAACCUUUCUGUACUCCGAGUUCUUCCAGCACUGAAGAUCAUCCCGUUGAUACCUGGUUUGAGGGCAACAAUUGGAGCGCUUGUCCAGUCCCUGAAGAAGCUGUGCAGCGUGGCCAUCCUGACCCUCCUGGUCCUCAGUGGCUUUGCUGUGGUGGCAUUGCAUCUCUUCAUGGGGGUGUUGAGGCAAAAAUGCGUCCUGAUGCCCGGUGUGUCAUUCACAAACCUCUCAGCAGAUGACAACCUCACCAGCGACUUUGACUUCCAGCAGCACAUCAACAAAGAAGCCAACCAUUACUAUCCGCCUGCAAGCCAGGACCCUCUGCUGUGUGGAAACGCUUCCGAUGCCGGGUUGUGUCCAGAGGGUUAUGUCUGUUUGAGGACAGGAAGCAACCCAAACUAUGGCUACACCAGCUUCGAUUCCUUCGGUUGGGCUUUCCUGGCCGUGUUCAGACUGAUGACUCUGGACUUCUGGGAGAACCUGAUGGAACUGACUCUGAGAGCAGAUGGUAAAAGCUACGCCGUCUUCUUCGCGGUGGUCGUCAUAUUGGUCUCCUAUCACCUGGUGGCCGUUAUUGUGGCGGUGAUGGCCAUGGCGUACGCCGAGCAGAGGCAGAAGCACCAAGAUGGCCUGAUUGACAGGCAGCAGGCUGGCAGUGUGUACCUCUCUGAGAAGCAUCAGGCAUCAGCAGAUGAAAAAAGUCCAAAUGUCCAGCAAACAGUUAAGGAAGAGCCAGGAUCACGUCCGCCACGCUGCGCCGCAUUCACCCAGGUCUGUCUCAAGUGGAACUGUUGUGGUUGUUGGCGGCAGUGCCAGCUACGUCUCCAGCGUUUCGUCACGGACCCGUUCUUUGACCUGGGCAUCACCGUGUGCGUCAUCCUGAACACCAUCUUCAUGGCCAUGGAGCACUAUCCCAUGACGUACCGCUUUUACGACAUGCUAAGUCAGGCGUACCUGGUCUUCACGGCCAUUUUUACAGCCGAGGUGGUCAUCAAGCUUCUGGCGAUGGGUCCGUACUUCUACUUCCAGGUGGGCUGGAACGUCUUUGACAGCAUCAUCGUGACCUUCAACCUGCUGGAGUUGCUGCUGGAUUGGCGUCUUGCAGGGCUGUUCCGAGUGAUGAGAAUCUUUAAGCUGGCCAAGUCCUGGCCCACCUUCCACAGACUGCUGAAGACCACUGGGACGUCUGUGCUGGCUUUGAGACACUUCAUUCUUCUUCUCGCCUUUGUGGUCUUCACCUUCUCUGCGCUUGGAAUGCAUCUGUUUGGAGACGACUACAAGGACCACGUGUGUCGCAUUUCAGAUGACUGCACGCUUCCUCGCUGGCACAUGAGCGAUUUCUUCCACACCUUCCUCCUGGUCUUCAGAGUGAUUUGUGGAGAGUGGGUGGAGACCUUGUGGGAUUGCAUGGAGGUGGCGGGUCAGACCCAGUGCCUGAUCAUCUACGUGAUGUUGCUGCUCGUUGGAAAAGUGCUGGUCUUGAAUCUCUUCCUGGCCUUUUUGAUAAGAUCGUCCAAUAGCCGUGACGAGGAAGGAGCUGACAAUCUGCACAUUGCUCUCAACCGGAUUACCGGGGCUGUCAUCUGGACAAAGGCCCUGGUCCUGGGACACCUACGGUCGGAGAAAAGGGAGCACGUUUCUCUAAAUCCUCCAGAAUUUAGCAAUGAUGACGUGGCCCACAAGGAGUUCUUAGCGCUUACCUUUGCAAACCCGGAAGAACCACGCUCACAGCGUGACGAGGCGUCCCAGCAGAAAGGAGCCAAGGUCCCGGGUGGUGACGAUGACGAUGAUGAUGAUGAUGGCGAGUGCACAGAUAAGAAGACAUCUCAGGGUGGAAGAAGAGUCUGCCUGAACUUGAGACUAGCAUGUGGGUGCCUGCUUGAGAAGAAAUCCUUUCAAGGCUUCAUCACGUUCAUGAUCCUGCUGAGCAGCGCAGCUCUGGUCUUUGAAGACAUCUACUUGGAGACGCGGUUGCUGACCAUGAACAUUCUGGAGUUUGCAGAGAAGGUGUUCACCUGCGUGUUUGUGCUGGAGCUCCUUUUGAGGUGGUCUGCUGGUGGAUUUAAGAAGUUCUUCACCGAUCCCUGGUGCUGGCUGGAUUUCCUCGUUAUUGGUACGUUUCCGCUGCUCCUGACUGCCAACGCCGUGGGCUUCUCACCACCGGGAGCCAUCAAGUCUCUUCGACCUCUGAGGGUUUUGUGUCGCUUUGAAGGAAUGAAGGUGGCCCUGAGAACUCUCUUGAGGGUGGUCCCGUCCUGCUUGGACGUGCUCAUCGCUUGUGUGACUUUCUGGUUGUUCUUCGCCAUCGUAGGAGUCCAUUUAUUUGCCGGAAAGUUUUAUUACUGCUUGAACGCCACGGACGGACAGAUGUUUGACGCAUCGCACGUCAGGAACAAGACCGAGUGUCUCAUGCUGGGCCAGGAAAACUUCACUGAAGUCCGCUGGACCAAUCACAAGCUCAACUUUGACCACGUGGCCAUAGCCUACCCCGCUCUUCUGCAAGUGGCAACAAUGAAAGGAUGGCUGGGCUUGAUGUACGCAGCCAUGGACAUCACAGAGAUGGAGUCGCAGCCAGAGUACGAGAGGAGUGUGUACAUGUCCCUCUACUUUGUGGUCUUCAUCAUCUGCGGAUCCUUGACUUUAGCCUUCCUGGUUGGCGCCAUCAUGGAUCCCCUGAAGCAGCAGCAUUCCAAGUUGGGAGGAUGUGGACUUUUCCUGACGCCGGAGCAGACCAAGUACUACCAGGCCAUGAAGGCAGGAACCCACAGGAGGCCCGAGAGGCGUGUUCCCCGUCCAAAGAACAAACUUCAGGCUCUGAUCUUUGACCUGGUGACCACGCCCUCCUUUGAAGUCUCCGUCUUGGUGGUCAUUUGCCUCCAAGUGGUCGCCUUGAUGGUGGAGACGGCUGACCAAAGCAUGGAAAAGGAAUUUGCUCUCUACUGGAUCAACUUCGCCUGCGUGCUCUUCUUCGCAGCGGAGUUUGUCCUGAAGCUGGCAGGCCUGCGCCGGCACUACUUUUCAUCCGGAUGGAACAUCUUCGACUUUGUCAUCCUCAUCCUGUCUGUCCUGGGCAUGUUCCUGGCAGACCUCAUUGAAAGGUAUUUCAUCUCACCGGCACUCUUCAGGGUGGUUCGCUUGAUUCGUAUUGGCCGACUGCCUCGUCUCAUCCGUGGAGCCCGUGGCGUACGCAGACUGCUGUUGGCCUCCAUGAUGUCACUUCCCGCCCUUUUUAACUUGGCGCUCCUCCUCCUCCUCCUCAUGUUCACAUUCGCCAUCUUUGGCAUGAACAGCUUUGCUCACGUUAGGAAAGGAGCCAUGAUCAAUGACGUGUUCAACUUUGAAACCUUUGGGAACAGCAUGAUCUGCCUGCUGACCGUCACCACGCUUGCCGGAUGGGACGGUCUCCUUGACCCCAUCAUGGACACCCCCCCGGACUGCCACCCGCAAGCUGAAAACCCUGGAACGCCCAUGAUGGGAGACUGCGCUAGCCCACUUGUGGGCGUGAUCUUCUUCAGCUCCUACAUCGCCCUGUCCUUCCUGCUGUUGGUCAACAUGUGUAUCGUCAUCGUGAUGGAGAACUUCGACAUCGCCGCCGAGGAGAGCGCCCGUGAGGUCCGCAAGAUGGACCUGGAGAAGUUUGAAGAAACCUGGGAGAGGUUUGACCCGCAAGCGUCACAGUCCAUCCACUACAGCCAGCUGUCGGAUUUCUUCGAUGCUCUGCCAGAUCCGUUGAGGAUUCCCAAACCAAACCGGAUCAAACUGGUCAGCAUGGACCUGCCUCUGCUCGCCGGAGACCAGAUUGACCGUGCUGACGUCCUGCAGGCUCUGGCUGCUCAGGUGCUGGAAGACCCGGGAGAGGCGGACCACCUAAAAGCCAAAACGGAGGAAAAGUUGACGGCCCGCAUUCCAUCCAAGCUGGGAUGUCCUGAACGGGUCAGCAGCACUUUGACGAGGAAACGGGAAGACGUGGCCGCCGGCGUCAUCCAGAGAGCGUACAGGAGACACACAGUCAAAAUGGCCGCCACGCCAGGAGAAAAGAUGAUGGAUGAAGCCGACGGUCUUGCCUCACGUGCGCUGAGAUGAAGGCACAAGGAGAAGACCUCAUCAGGAUUCUUCUCCUCCUCCUCAUCUGGAGAGCAGCAGGUGGAACUUCUGGAAGCUUUUCUUCUGUCAACUGCUUGAUUAACUCCCUUCCACUACGACAUUCUUCAUGUAACACGUUGAACCUUCCAAACCGUAUACGCACCUAUAAUCGCAUAGCAACCAAUAAAAGAUCUUCAUUUUUA